GAGAGAAAGAACGAGAGAGAGUCAGAGAGAGGGAGAGAGAGAGAGAGGGACAGACCAUAUGCCCUUGCCUCCCUCUACAUCACAGAAUUCAUAAAAGACCAGGCAGAGGAACACAAGAGCAGAGGAAUUGUUCAGCUGGAAGAGAUAGAAUAAGGCACAGAAAGGACAAGGAGAGAGAGAGAGAGAGAGGAAGGUUGUAAAAGAAGGGAUGUGUAAGAAAGAUAGAGAGACAUAGCGUGACAGUUUUCUGUCUACAGCAGCACCUCCGUCACUGCCUCCACCUGCAGCCACCCCAGCAAGAUCUCCACCUCCUGUCUCCGCAGCAAACCCACGCCAAGCUCUCCCAUCUCGCUCAUCUGCUCCACUCUGCCCUGUCUAGUACCAGUCUUCCGCCUGCAGCAGGACCAUGGAGACAGGAAGUCCCAGGAAGAUCCAGUUCACCAUGCCCCUCCUGGACUCACACCUGGACCCAGAGGCAGCCGAACAGAUCAGAAGACGGCGCCCAACCCCGGCAACUCUGGUAGCGUCCAGUGACCAGUCUUCUCCAGAGAUAGACGAAGACCGUCUCCCCAACCAGUUGUACAAGGCGGCCCUGCUGAACUCCCCCAGGCAGAGGAGGAAAGGGGCGCGAGGUACGCCAACCAUGAAAGAGUUACAGUUCAUGGUGGAACACCAUCUGUAUCGUCAACAGCAGGGAGGAGGUGAUGAGUGUUCCUCAGAGAGCUGUCUCUCUGACAGACCCAGUCCAGACGCUCUCCCUGGUGGGGAGGAUGACCAGGAGCUGCCGGCGGAUGACGAGGCUUGGGGGAGCGGGGACAAGGUCACUGCGGAGGCCUUUGAGAAGCUCCGCUGUCAGAUGGAGGCAGAGUUUUCGAGGGACAGUCCAUCAGAAACUGCUGGGGAAAAACAACAACCACAACGAAAACAUCCCGAACAACAACACACUGAAGCAGACCCCGAGGCUGCCUACUCAGCGAGUCCACUUGCAGAGGAGAAGACGACCAGCCUGGAGAAAUAAGUUGAACAGGACCAUAGACACACCGUCACACAAACCUGUGUUGCCACUUUUGUCCCAAAUGUAAUCUUUUGUAGUGCACUACUUUGACCAGGGCCCAAUGGAAAGAGUGUGUGAUUUGGGCUCGCAGGGCUCUAGUUCACAGCAGAGGAGUUGAAUGGGAAAAGGCACAGAGUGAGGAAGCAGCCCUAACGUUCAGAAAGCAUUGACCGACAACUGACCAUGGCUUUGAUGGGCAGAUACUGUAAAAUAGAUACCGUGUCUUAAUUUGAUCAUUGUGUUUUUGCGGAAAUUGUACUGCACCGCCAGAAAUGCCAGCAUUUAUUCAAUGUUUGAAAAGGCUUCUAAAAUCAGAAAAUGAUUUCCCUCAUUGAACAAUGUAACUCCCCAAAAUAAUUCUCGCUUAAUUACAAUUCACCUAACAAUUCACAUUUCUAAAUGGAUGGGAAAAGCCCUCUUAAAUAAAUACACUUCAUAAAGAGUGUUAAGCAAAAAUAGUUAGUGAUUCACAUUGUUACCUAGAGAAGAAUAGCUAGCACAUCCCAUAGGUAGCCUAGUGGUCAAGUCAUUAUAUCAGUAGAAGAAAGGUUUCUGGCUCUGUUCUGUCCCUGAGCAAGGCAGUGAACACAAACAUGGCUUCCCCAGUACUCACCUUGCUCUUGGCUUAUUUAUGGUACUCACAGCAAAUGUUAUUUUUGUUUCUGCCAGAAAUAAACCAACUCUUUUGAAUUUACAUUUCCUGUUCCUAGAAGAAUACAUUCCUGUUUUAGCAAAUUGCCUCAAAUCAAGAUAAGGUGUCUGUAUAGCCAGAUCAGGGUUCUGUUCAGCCAGGCCAGAUACAAUCGAUGUGAAAUUAUGACAAGGCCUCUCCUCUCAUUUGGGCCAAAAUCCUCUGUAAUGGAAUGAAAUAUAAUUUAUAUUAAGUUAAUUAUAUGUUUCCUAUUCAUAUACAAUGGGGAGAACAAGUAUUUGAUUCACUGCCGAUUUUGCAGGUUUUCCUACUUAC